AUGGCGGCAGGUCCUCGCACUCGCGUUCUACACGCGUACCGCAACAAGGACGUAGCCUUGCCCUUCCAAGCUGGUCUCAUCUAUCUGGGUUCGGACAGUGGUCAAGUCCAGUGGCAGUGCGGCGCAUCGUGGACAGGUUGGCACGGCGAAUUCAAGCUCAAUGCCGAUCAGAUGAUGGUGGCGUUUGAGAUGCGCGCGCCCAGGACGACCGUAAGUGGUUCCAGAGUGGGGCCAGCUGCCCAUCAGCAUUGUGGAGGCCGCCGUGCUGGCUGGCAUCGAGGCUCCUUCUCGCCCCGCCCCUGCCUCCUCUUGGACUUAUUCGACCGGCGCAGGGUCUGGGCGAGUGAGUUGCGGCGGCGGCCCUGCGUCUGCGAGGGCGUCUCGAGCGGCGGCUCCGCGGCUGCUGCGAUGUCCUGA